AUGUCUUCUUCGCUUGAAAAGUUCAACAUUAAUUUUUCCCAUUUAUCGUUUGAUUCACCGAGCCCAGUGCUUGAUUUGAAAAGUGAUCGACAACAGAUCAGCCAGCAGGCUCCACAAGCAUCAUUGAAGCGUCCCGGGAUGACUCCAAGAUCAGUAAGCCGCAACAAGCAAUGCAUGCCCAGUGACGACGAAGAGGAAGAGGAGGAUGAGGAGGACGAGAAGGAUGAGGAGCAAGAUUCUGAUAAUGAAAUCAACAAGGUACCUCGUGGUGGUGUACAGAAAUUAGCCAUCUCAACGCCCUCAAUGACAAAACCAAUGAGAAAGAGCCGCCCACUACCCAGCGAUGAUGAAGACUCUGAAGAGGAACAGGAUGAGCAUGAACAGCAGCAGGGAGCAGGAGGGGAGAAGCAACACACGGCCAGUCUUGCAGGAGGGAAUAGACUGCAUCCUAAUGAUAACCAUGCAUACCAGGAUUAUGCUAACUACAUGCAAUAUCAAAGCUACCAGCAAGAGGAGGACGAUGACGAUGAUGAUGACAGAGCGCUAGUGACAAACCCCAAUGCAGGACCCGUUUUAACGCUGGUCGAAGGCACACACCUUCAACAACUGCAUCAAAAACAGCAGCAACACCAAGCUCAACUUGCACAGUUUCAAUACCAACAACAACAGCAACAAUUACAGCAACACUAUUAUCAUCCUCAUCAUCCUCAUCAUCAUCAUCAACAGCAGCAACAUAAAAGUAGAAGCAAUGUAAGCAUGUCAGGCAUGGAUUUAUUAAAGCAAUUAGAGCAAGAAAAGGCAGAUUCAAAGAGAAUCAAGCCCAAAUUAGAUACAUCCAAAGUGAAGAUUGAAGGGUUGCUGGGUAAAUUGCCUGAACCGGGAUCACACAACAUUAGUUUCCAGCAAAUUCAGCAGCAACAGCAGCAAUAUAGAAAAAAGAGCCAAUAUCUUGAUCCUUUCACGCUUGAGAAAUCAAGAUCUCCAUCGCCCAGCAGGAAUAGCCAUCGUAUUAGUUAUAUUAGCAAGCAGUAA